AAAACGAGAGUUGAAAGUUGAAACGUCUGUUUGACACUGUGAGCAGAGGCAGCGGCAAUGACUUCAGUUUCAAACAAAAAUUACUUCGUUUGGACAUCGAAGUAGUUAACCCACACAAUACCGUCUGAAGCCCACACGAGAGACAUGAGCGGUACAGUCCGCCAGAUCACAAUAAACAGUGAUCCAGGUACGCCCUACUUCCUGCGAGUGGACUGGGCAGUAGACCUGGGUGCUGGAUUCACACUAGCUCUCACUGAUGGCAACUCGGCAUGGAUCGGAGAAGUUUCAGAAGACGAGGUGACAAAGGAAGCCGAUGAUUUGGGAGUCACAAGGGAAAAAUAUGUUGAGGAUCUUCUUCAAGCACUAACAAGAAUUGAAGAGGGAAGAGGAGGAGGAGGAGGAGGCGAGGAGGUGUAUUCUUUCCACCUCACUCCAGAUCACUGUCGCCUCUCAUUUCAGAAGAUCUGUAAUGGCAUCUCGGUGCACUUGGGCUCUGUGGAGCUCCAGCUGGCUCCGGACUCUCUAGAGCUGAACCAGGAGAUGAUUGGCCAGUCCCUAAAGCGCAACACAGAUCUCGAGACAGAAAACUGCCAGCUGCUGGAGGAGAACCGUAGACUGAAACAGGAGCACCAGCGAGUACUCAGAGAGCUGGAGCAGCAGGUUCAGGAAAAGGAGAUGCUAGAGAGGCAGCUGUACUCACGUUUUGUCAUGGUGCUGAACGAGAAGAAGGCAAAGAUCAGAACCCUGCAGGACACCGUCCGCCAGCUCCAGCAGAGAGAUGAGAACAGGAGACAAAGUGACAAUGAUACAACUCAGGGUGAAGAUGGCAGUCAGGACAGAGGAGAGGAGACAUCUCAGAGCAUCCAUCCAUCUCUGGAGCCAACUAUUCUCAUCACAGGUCGUAAUCUCGUGUGUCAAGGCAUCUCUGUGAACCGGACUUUUUCUGAUGACGAAGACGAACAACCAAGACGGAAACGCAGGCUACUUCACACUCCGAGCCCAGAACCUUCUGAGCAGGAAUAAAAUCACAGCCUUAGAUCUAAGGCUUCUGUGAUGUACAGGUUUUCUUGAUCCCUGUCCAGUCAUGUGGCAAGUUAGUCAACCCUCACCUCGAUACACACAACCAAAACAGUGACAACCAGGCAACAGUGUCCUGGAGGUGUCCCCAGAUUUGAAGCCAGAUUUUGUCCCAGAUUGUGAAAUCAGUUUUCAGAAAGCAAGAGCAUGUUGCUGCCAUCUGGUUUGCUUUAACUGUGACAAUUACCUGCCACAGCUCUCAUGAGAGACUUGCUGCUUGUUUCUUAUCAUCAGUAAAUCAAAAGAUGAACAAUUAAUGACGCCAUCUUUUCCCAAAUGCUCCAGACCGCAAGCUCCACUCCAUGCUGCUGUGCAGACUUUGGCAACAUGCGCUAAUGGUCAUGUGAUAACAGGCACUUAACGCCCUCCAGUGCUUCCUCAGGAACUGAUGCCGUUGCUGCUAAUGACAUGGAGAGCAUGGCAGAGAAUGUGGACCAGGAGUAUGGAAGCAAUUUCUCAAGAGUUUGACUUCGCCCUGAGCUUGAAUUUAGCUGCCAAGCCCCUCGGCUUUGGCUCUGUGUGAGACCGGAGAAAGAGUAACAACUACUGAGGGACAACAGGCUACACCCAGAAAACAGGGUGUCACCACCAAGGAACCGAAGCUGCUUUGUUGCUGCUUAUUCAUCAUGUCAUGCUGAUGUUUUCCUCCCUCUUUUCAUUAUGAAAAUAAACUAUGCACCAUCUCUUUCAUUUCCACUUUUUAAACUAGCAUUUUGCAAAAGAUAAUUUGACCUCCCCCUUUUUCCUUGUUUACAUCUGCCCUUUUAUUCUGUAGAUGUUCUGAGGCCCAAACUACCUGAGGGUUGUUUUGCAGAGGGUUAAUAGAGUUAUGUUGUUUUCACCUCCUCACCUCUUCCUUUGCCUCUGCUACCAGCUUUAGGUCCCGAGGUCAUCACAGUGUGUCUUCACACUGACAGUAAUGAACCUAGGAGAGACCUACUCAGGGUUUUGGUCUGACCAUUCUACCUUUGACUUCUGGACCUUCCUGCUGUCUUAUAUAAUUUUGAUGAUACCUAUAUGUCUGCUAAAGACCACGGGUGGCUGCCAGGAUAAUCCCACAACACACGCUUACUGGUUUAGUAAUCCCCACAAGAAUGUCACACUCUCUUCUCUGUACAUCCUGUCAAUAGGGCAUUUUAUACAAGGAAGACCAGAUCUGUGACCGAGGAUAAUUUACAGAUGAGUGCAUGACAACGUGCUAUGGAGGAUGAGACCAAAUGAGAUAGAUGAGGAAACUAUGCUGAAAAUUUCAGUCAGUGGUUUCACUCAACUCACUCAACCACUUAAUGCAAGAAUAGAUAUUUUUUUAUUUGAUUUUAAAUAUUAAAUAAUGUUUCCUGAAAAUGUAUUAAAAUACAUGAUGGAGAUGGUAAUAUUUUAAUUAUAAUGUGAAAUACUGUAAAUGUUUUUCAAGUCUUCAUGGUAAAGAUCUGUUGUGAAACGUCUCACAAGAUAAGGGAUGUUGUUGUCAGUCUGACUGAAAUAAACAUUUUACAUUGCAAUAUUUUUUUGCCUUUUUGUACAAUUUCGUACAUUGUUGUCUAAGAUACAAAAAAACGUUGCAAUGAUGACUCCCCUUUCUGUGAAUUAGAUUCUGGCUUAGAUGCUUACUGGCUAUUGGCAUAUAAGCAAAGGUGUAGCUGUUUGCCAGGGGAAAAAAAAAAAGCCUGAUCUUUCAUGUGCUAUUUGAGAAAAUUUAAAUCUGAUACUUUUGCUCGCUGACUGUUUUGGUAACAUUCAACUGUGUUUUGAACAACUUCCUUUCUUAGUUAACGUUAAACUUCUUAGACUGUUAUGUUUUGACUCUAUUGUCACUUGUAGAGAAUAUGUUUGUUUACCUUACUGUUAUGUUGAGAUUAAUCCAUUGAUUUCCUUUUUAUUAGAUAAAGUGGCAGCUUCGUGGCUUUCUAGAAAGGGCAGUCUGGAUCAAUAGUCUAUACACCAGCUCACGCAGCAGAGAGGGUUCAUUCUGUUUGUGAGAGAGCGAUGAUGGCUGUGCUGGCCUGAAAUUAAACUUCCAGUCACUUGCUUAUCAUCGUCAUUCACUUACUCCAUGCACCUGUAGAAUUCCCAUCGUCCAGGGAAAUGACAGGACUCUUCCUGCUUUCCCGCCACAGAGCUGCAGUGAAACAGAGCGGUCUUUGUUAGUUGUCGGGACGUGCUGUGCUCUCGCUGCUCACUGCCUUACACUGUAAUGUCUGAAACAACUUGGCCUGACACAAGCAAUGUUUGAAAACUGAGGAUGACAUUUUUAUUUUGCUGAAUGCUAUCAUCAAGUGCUCCGUAUUGAGUAAUGCAAAGAGUUUACUCACCCUUCCAACAUAUUGGACCAAUUGGUGUAGGCCUAGGCUUCCGAUUUUAUUACACUACAGCCCCCCUGCUGUGUGAAUGAACCGUACUUUGUGAUUUCGUAAAAUUGCGCUGACUGAUGAGCAGUAGAGCAGUAAACAAGUUUUAUACGCAAGUUUUUUUCUUACUCAGAAAUGUAAUUGGUUUUAUUGGUCCAGUUGUGUCAGACAAUACCUGUUGCUGCUUUUGCUCACAGUGGGCUUUGCCGUUUGUUUAUGCUGGGGGUGGCACACACAGGGAAGUAAAGCAGUGGGCAGGCUGUUUGAAACUGAGGGACUAUAUUUCAGGGCAAUACAAAACCAGCAGUGAGCCUUCCUGCUUGAUCACCUUGUGCUGAAUGUGUAAGCCUGUUUUCUGUGUGCUGUGGUUGUAGCCUAUACAACCAUACUUAAAUAUAACUCUUAGCACAGCCCUUCAAGCAAAAACGCCAUACUUCUCAACAUAUAUGACAACUUUCCAUAUUAGAAUCCAUUGAUGAAUUGGAAAAAAAAACUAUAGUAUUAUAAAAAAUAUAGUAUUCAGUGCAGUUGUGCAUUUGGUGCCCUCAAAGAUAUCAUUGUUUACAUACACUGUAUACCAUAAAGGCCACAUUUCUUGCAGCCUUACCUUCUCUGGCUGCUUUGCUCAGUCAGUGGCUGAACCACAUAGAAAUCUCCACUCCAUAUUUAGUGUUGACUUGUCUUCCAGUCAUGGAGACCUCUUUGCACUGGCCUACACAUUUUGCCAGUGGCUAAGAGUAUCCGCUUUGU